UAGUUUUAUAACGGUUAGGUACAGAUAUAUUACUGAAGUACACUUUGGUUUAUGAUUUCUGACUUCUAUGUUGUUAGCUUUAUUGUUUUGGGUCCGUUUUUAUUUUGUCAGAAUCUGCUGGAUUAUUUUUUAAAUUUGUUUUGUAUGAUUUUAUGAUAAAAAAUUUAUCUUGCUUAUUUGAGUUUCACUUCAUCGUUCUAUUAUUUAAUUUUUACACCCACAUCCCCAUGGUCAUUUUCUCCCCCAGAUAAGGAUUUAGUCAGAUCCUUGUGUUUUAUUGCCUUUUGUCUGAAGUAGUUUUGUUUUCAUGCAAUAGGCUGCUCAGUAUUAUUUAUGGAGUAUUACGGCAUGGAAAAAUGGUCUAAAAAAACUGACAUACUGGCAGACCAAGGCAGUCCUCUUCUGCAGGACUCUGACAUCUUGCCAUUCACCACUUACCCCAGUAUGCAGUACCCAUCUAUGGAGCCAAACAUGUCCGGCACUCCAUAUUAUUCCACUCAGAACUAUUACCCUCCGUACAGUGGAGAUGAAUGGUACUCCCACAUGGGCUUGUAUGAACUGAGGAAAGGACCCCUGGAGGGCAGUUAUGGGGCAAAUAUGGAUGAGGGAUCUUCUGUUGUUCCAGCUGUGUGCAAGAGGAACCGGCACCUGAGCCAAGCUGGAAGGAUCAAGGGGGAGGAACUGUGUGUGGUCUGUGGAGACAAGGCCUCUGGAUACCACUACAAUGCUCUCACUUGUGAAGGAUGUAAAGGUUUCUUCAGACGAAGCAUAACGAAGAACGCCGUGUACAAAUGCAAGAGUGGCGGGAACUGUGAGAUGGACAUGUACAUGCGCAGGAAAUGCCAGGAGUGCAGGCUGAGAAAAUGCAAGGAGAUGGGCAUGCUGGCAGAGUGCCUGCUGACAGAGAUCCAGUGUAAAUCCAAAAGGCUACGCAAGAACACCAAGACCUCUCCAGGGCGGUCAACAGGAGAUGAGACAGAGGUGGUGGACAGCGCGGACAACAAGCAGGUCACCUCAACCACCAAACUGUCAAAGGAAAAGGUGGAAAUUACUAAGGAGCAAGAAGCACUCAUGAAGCUCAUUGUAGAUGCCUACAACAAACAUCAAAUCCCCCAGGAUGUUACGAAAAAGCUGCUACAGGAACAGUACAGUACAGAGGAAAACUUUAUUCUCUUGACUGAAAUCGCAACAAGUCAAGUCCAGGUGUUGGUGGAGUUCACAAAAAAUAUUCCAGGGUUUCUGUCUCUGGAUCAUGAAGAUCAGAUCGCUCUGCUGAAGGGUUCGGCUGUGGAGGCCAUGUUUCUGCGUUCAGCUCAAGUUUUCAGCAGGAAGAUGCCAAUAGGACACACUGAGGUUUUAGAAGAGAGGAUACGCAAAAGCGGUAUAUCAGAAGAAUUCAUCACACCCUUGUUUAAUUUUUACAAAAGUGUUGGUGAACUCCACAUGUCGCUGGAGGAACAAGCUCUCCUCACUGCAGUAACCAUCCUGACACCAGACCGGCCCUAUGUGAAGGACCAACAGACUGUGGAGCUACUGCAGGAGCCCAUGGUAGAUCUGCUGAAGAAGCUGUGUGUCCUGCAGCAUCCGCAGGAGCCGCAGUACUUUGCUCGCCUCCUGGGCCGGCUGACGGAGCUGAGGACUCUCAACCACUACCACGCAGAGAUGCUCACAUCCUGGAGAGUGAACGACCACAAAUUCACCCCGCUGCUCUGUGAGAUCUGGGAUGUACAGUGACCCACACUGAGCAGUGAUGAAGCCUGGGAAGAAGUGAUGGACAUUCUAGCUUAAAGGGGAGCCAGUUCUUACCGGGGAAUGCUGGGAGUAGAGAUUCAGUUCCUAAACAACCAGUUUACUUUGGUUGUGACUGACUUUAUAAAUAGGUUCAGGUAAUAUUUGUGUAUCAUAACAGAGUUUUUUGUGUUCAUGUUUUACUACAAAUAUUUGGCUUAAAAGCUGAAAUUCAGAAUGCUCUUUUUUCCUUUUUAGGGUUAUUUUAUGAAACAAUUGAUGAGUCAAAGAAGUACAAACACUGGAAAUGAUUACAAAGCCAAGGUCGUAAGAAAUUUACAGAGUUUUAUGAUGGCUUCAUUUUUAUUUUAUGCAUUUAAAUGUAUAUUUUAUGUAUCUGCAUUAAUAAGUGACAUUUCCAGACAUUUCCAGGUACAUAUUUUACAUGAGAGCCUUUGUCAUGCCACAGAGGAUUCAUUAUUACAGCAAAUAUGAAUAAAUAUAACAUAUUUCAUCUGGUAUGCCUGAAACUUCAUAAAUGUAAUUAAAUUGCUUAAAAGAUAUUUUCAAAGAUUAAUCAAAUGCUAAAUUAUUUAUUUCCUUUAUGAAAUAAAUCCUUUAUUUAAUCUUAGAAAACAUAUUGUUUCUUAUUUAUGACUGUAGUUACCCUUCCAAAAGCAGGAACACCUCAAUUAAAGGACUAUAGUACAUUAGAUAAUUUUCUAAUAAACAAUACAAAAUAUUUAAUAAAAAUUUGGGAAUA